UUGACCCUUACGUCACCCCGUAGCGUGGGAGUAACUAGGAAGUCUGUCGGUAACUAAGGACAAAUGAGGGACUGAAUCCUGAAUACUGAGAAAUAACGAUGAUUUAUGUGUGAAUAAAUGCAAAACAUCGACUGGUAUUAACACAAACCGAGAGAAAGCAGUUCAGUUUGCCACCGAAAGGAUAAGUCCAUGGCUCUGCCGACCCUCUCGGCCCAUGUGCCCAGUCGGUCCCGGGUGCUGGCCGGACAGCUGGCCCGGCAGCGGGAGCAGGAGGCCCGGUGUCGGCAGCAGUGGCAGCAGCAUGCUCAGUACUUCAGAGAGCAGAGUGUCCGCAGCCAGAGACAGGCGGCGUGGAGCUCCUGUCAGUCCUACCAGCAGAGUAUGUCGGCAUACCAUAAAGAGAGACUAAUGGAGGAAAAGAAGGCCAGCCUGGAGCAGCGCAGGAAUCGGCUCAGGGCCAUGCUUCAAGAGGAGCAAGACCGGCUUGAGGCGGAGUUGAAGGAAGUUGUUCCUGACAGGAGCACAUUGGCAAGUCAGCUGGUGCAAAAGACUGAAGAGCUUCGUACUGCAAGAGAGGAAAGAAGAAAAAAGCUUGCACAAGAGCUGCUGAGGGAGCACUGGAAGAAAAACAACACAGAGUUGCGAGAGGUCGAGUCGGCAUUACAUAAAGAUCAUGUUGUCAGCCAGUGGCAGGAGCAGAUAACUGAGAAGAAACAGCAAGAAGCGGCAGAGCAGAAGGAGACAAGACGGCACGAAAAUGAGUAUGAGAGGACCCGAAAAGAGGCUCUGGAGAGGAUGAAGCAAGCGGAGGAGAAAAAGAAUGAAGAAGAGCGGAAUAGGGCGGAGGAACUUUGCAAACAGAUGAAAGAACUGAAGCUGAGGGAAGAGGAGGCAACUCGCCUGAAGAAGGAGCAAGAGGCUCUGCUGGUCAAACAAUGGGAGCUGGAGAAGAUAGAGGAGGAAAGGAGAAAGGUGGAGGAAAGGCGAAAGAAGUCUGAGAUGGGGCAUUUCUUGAUCCGUCAAUAUCGUGCUCAGCUGAAGAGGAGAGCCCAGCAAGUGCAGGAGGAACUGGAGGCCGACCGUAAGAUCCUGGCAGCCUUGCUGGAAGGACAGCAGGAUGACAGGAGGAUAGAGACUGUACGAAGGGAAAGGGCCAUCGCUGAUGCUGCCUGGAUGAAACGUGUGAUUGAAGAGCAGCUUCAGUUGGAGCAGGAGAGGGAGGCUGAGUUCGACAUCCUGCACAGAGAAGAGGCUCAACAUGUGUGGGAGAAACGAGAAGCACAGUGGGAGAAGGAGAGGAAAGCCAGAGAACGGCUCAUGCAAGAGGUGCUUGCGGGGAGACAGCAGCAGCUGGAGCUUAAGAUGCAAAAGAACAGAGAGGCUCAGGAGGGGUCUCUGAGGAGAAGAGAACAGCUGAUCGAGGAGCUAGAGCUGGAGAGGGAGACCAGACGUCAGGAGAAGGAGCAAGACGAGAGGCGCAGGACGGCACGGAUGCAAGAGAUAAAUGCUCAGGUGGAGCAGCAGCGCCGAGAGCAGUUGGAGGAGCAGUGCAAGAUAGAGCAGGAGGAGGAGGAGGACAGUGAGGCUCGUCUAAUCCAGGAGGAGGAGCUGAGGCUGGAGAUGCAGAGGAUGGCCAAGAAAGGGUACCAGGAGAAGAUUCACAGCAGACCUCGAUCAGCUUGGACAUGAGCAACCUGCAAGACUGAAUUCAAAACAGAAUUAUGAGAUGUAUAUUUUUCUACCUGUAAAUUAGCUUUAAAGGAUAGUUACACAUUUUUUCCAAGUGUGUCUUAAAACAAUGCUCACAUAACUAUAUGUAUAUCGUAACAGUUAGUGGUCACUGCAAUUGUUCCUCCUGUCCAUACUGGCUAUGAAGAGAGUCCUCAUUCAAUGUAAACACGCAGUUCAAACAUCAAAUCAAGUGGGGAUCUUUUCUUUCAAAAUUCCCUCUUUUUGCUUUAUUGGACAGUUUUUUUUCUUGCUGAGCCACAGUGGAGAGAGUAACGCAAGGAGACACAGUUCAAGGACUGUACAUUUUGUCCCCCAUCUCUUAUAUUGGUGCGGUGGUGAAGGGAUCUUUUCACACCCAGUAUGAAGAGGAUGAACAAUGUUGUCAAUCAAUAACUCUUUAAAUGUACAUAUGGACAUGUGAGUAUUGUAAGAAGACGGAUUUGAAAAAAAUGGGACCCUAUCCUUUAUUCACCUUUAAAGAAGGACACAUUUGUGUAGGUCAAAUAUUGUGCCAUCCUGAUGUUAAUAAGUUAAUGCUGAUUGUUUGCAUAAUGUAGAAAAUAAUUAUGUAUUUUUUUUGCACUUUUAGAGCUGUAUAUUUUCUAUCCUGAAUUUAUUGACUGUUUUCAAUAAAGCUAUUCCAAUCAAA